AUGGCGGCGGAAGCAGGGCCUACUGAAGACCCAGAGAAGGUGCGGGGCAAGUAUGCAGCGCUGUCAUUCGCCACCGUGGCCAUCGUGGUGGGCCUGCCCCUGUGGUGGAAGACGACGGAGACGUACCGGGCUUCCCUGCCCUACGGCCAGAUCAGCCAGCUGGGCGACCUGCGGCUCCAGCUGACUGUACCCAUCUCAGUGGUCUUUGCCAAGGGGGCACUGCCCACUGAGGCCCAGAGGAAGCUGCCUUUCACGGACACCCAAGAGAGAAAGAUCCCCCUGAAUUACAAAAUGAGCAUCAACUGCCUCUUUGAGAAGUCCUACCGGAACGCUAUAGACCAGGAAGAAGCAGCCCUGGGACUCGCCAGCGUGCAAGAGGCUGAUGCUGUGUUAUCACUGGUGCAGGAGGCCCCGGAGGGCACGCUGACGGUGUACGUGGUCCCCGAAGGCUCCCCGCUGCUCCCCCAGGACGUGAUGGGCUACGUGGGGAAGCGGCGGGGCGCGGUGGUCCGGGGGGCAAGGGGCCAGCAGGCCCUGGCGCUGGUGGAGCAGCGGGUACGACGGGUGAUCCAGGCCACGUCGGUCACCGACGACGUCCUCGCGGCCGCCCUGGCCGAUCGCCUCUCUGGGGACAAGUGGAGCUCAGACCGCCGACGGCCGCUCAAGUCCAGCCUGGGUUACGAGAUCACCUUCAGCCUCCUGAACCCAGACCCCCGGUCCCACGACGUGAGCUGGGCCAUCGAGGGGGCGGUGCGUCAUUACGUGCAGCCUUUUCUGGACAAGCUGCGGGCCGCCGCCAACUUCUCCGUGGACUCCCAGAUCCUGUACUACGCGAUGCUGGGGGUGACUCCCCGCUAUGACGCCGCCUCAGCCAGCUACGUACUGCCCGUUCACAGCCUCCCCCACGUCAUCAACCCCGUGGAGGCCCGGCUGGGCUCCAGCGCCGCGUCUCUCUACCCCGUGCUCAACUUUCUCCUGUACGUCCCCGACCGUUCCCACUCCCCUCUGUACAUUCAGGACAAGGAUGGAGCCCCCGCCGCCACCAACGCCUUCCACAGCCCCCGCUGGGGCGGAAUCAUGGUUUAUAACGUGGACCUCAGUGCCGGCAACGCCACCGAGCUGCCCGUGCGGGUGGAAGUGGACAUGGUGCGGGUGAUGGAAGUGUUCCUGGCGCAGCUGCGGCUGCUCUUCGGGAUCACCCAGGCCCAGGUGCCCGCCGACUUCCAGCUGGAGAACCCGGGGAACGAGGGGCUGGCAGCCUGGGAGCUGGACCGGCUGCUGUGGGCGCGGACCGUGGAGAAUAUUGCCACGGUGGCCACCACCCUGACGUCUCUGGCCCAGCUGCUGGACAAGAUCGGGAACAUUGUCAUCAAGGACGAUGUGGCCUCGGAGGUGUACCAGUCGGUGGAGGCGGCCCAGAGCGCGGCAGCGGAGCUGGCGGCCGGCCGGCUGGGCCCCGCCUUCCAGGCCAGCCGGACGGCGGUGACCUCAUCGGAGCGGGCCUUCUUCGAUCCCUCCCUCCUGCACCUGCUCUACUUCCCCGACGACCAGAAGUUCGCCAUCUACAUCCCCCUCUUCCUGCCCAUGGCCGUGCCCAUCCUGCUGUCGCUGGUGAAGAUGCUCCGCGAAGCCCGGCAGGCCCGGGAGGAGUCCCUGAAGACGGACUGAGCCCGGCCCGCCUGUGCCUUCCGUUCGUAGAGAUCGGACCGAGUCCUCUCCUUUCUGGGGGACCCAGGGAGGCCCGAACCAGCCGCCUCCAGGUGCCUGAAGAGAUGGGGUGAGGGGCCCACUCUCCCGGGGCACGCUCGGUGCCACCCCUGGGCUCCAGCCCUCGGGCCGACGAGGUGUCGGGCCCUGGACUCAGCCCUCCGGGGCCACGCCGGCCCCGUCUCGGUCACCUCCCGCCCUGCCUCCCGCGCUCUCCCCGUCAUCUGCAGUCGCAUUGGCCCGAUGAGGGGCGGGUGGGGGGCCGUGGGGAAUAAAAUCCCCAGAGGCCC